AUGGCGGCCAAGAGGGUGCUGGGGGUCCCAGGAGGUGCAGUGCAGGCUUUUCUUCUUGUGUGUGUGGUUAUGUGUACCAAGCCUAGCGUAAUGGCAGAGGAGCUAUUGUUGCUGGUGCCCAAGACGCAUGGAAUCACAUUUAGAAUUCAAAUCAGCGUGAAAGAACUGCUGGAUACAGAUGUACUUUUAAAGCUGUUAUUUCAUUUACCAGUCAAUUAUCCAUUAACUCUACCAGAUAUUUCUGUUAACUCAGACCAGCUUACAAGGGCCCAAUGCAUGGACGUGAAAGAUAAAUUACUUGAACAAGCAAAGAAGCAUCUUUCUGAACCCAUGGUACAUGACCUGAUUCUUUGGAUACAGCAGCAUCUUAAAUAUGUCAUUAAGCAAUCAGCAACAGUUUGCAAUGAAAAAACUACUUUGUCAAAAGGAACAAGUACAGAGGAUGGUAUCUGGAUGCUCCUUUUGCAUUUAGAUCACAUGAGAGCAAAGGCAAAAUACGUCAAAACGGAAAAAUGGGCUUCAGAUCUAAGGCUGACUGGAAGACUGAUGUUCAUGGGCAAGAUAAUAUUGAUUCUUCUUCAGGGUGACAGGAGCAACAUUAAGGAGUACUUGAUUCUUCAGAAAACUUCUAAGGUAGAUGUGGACUCAAGCGGAAAGAAAUGCAAAGAAAAAAUGAUUAGUGUACUGUGUGAGACAAAAGUACAGUCACAGCAUAAAAGGUUUCAGACGUUUGAAGUCAAAGAAUAUUCAACGCUGGAUGAGCUACAAAAGGAAUUUGAAACUGCAGGACUUACACCUUUUUUCUCUGAGUUUGUGCCUCCUCUCUUAAAAUAAAAUUAAAAGAAAACACCGGAUUCUUUGACCAAAGCAGUAGUUGACUGCAGAUGCCGACGGAAGAUAAAAGGAUUAAUUUGGCAAACAACGUUAAAAUUUUUCUGCAAAAAGUGCCAGAAGUAGCCAUCCUCUUGCAAGAAGGAGAAGGCAAUUCAUACAUUAAGAAUUGAUAAUUUUUUGACAUUUAGGUAUUGAUAACUUUUUCCAAGGAAUGUGGAGUUAAUUGUGAUAAUUGCAUGGCAAGCAUG